AUGUUAGUUGGAGAAUUACGACCAACUGGUGGUUAUAUUUAUAAAAAUAAAAAUGAAUCAAUUGGUUAUUGUCCACAAUAUGAUAUUAGUUUUUCAGCUUUAACUGUUCUACAAUCUAUAGAUUAUAUAUGUCGUCUUCAUGGUCUUAAUCCAUCAUUAAUAAAUAAUUUAAUUUUAUCUCAAUUUCAAUUAGAAAAAUAUCGUCAUCAUUUAGUAUCACAUUUAAGCGGUGGAACAUGUCGUCGUCUUCAUUUAGCAUUAUGUUUAAUUGGAUCACCAACACUUCUUUUACUUGAUGAACCAACAGCAAAAAUUGAUCCAUUAUUACGUAGUCAUAUACGUGUGAUAUUACAACAUCGUCCUAUUGAUACAUCAAUUAUAUUUGCUUCACAUUCAAUGCUUGAAUGUGAACAAUUAUGUGAUCGUUUAACAAUACUUGUUCGUGGUAAUGCAAAAUGUUUAGGUUCGCCUGAACAUCUUAAAAAUAAAUAUGGUAUGAAUUAUCGUAUACGUUUAACAUUACUUCAAUCAUCAUUUCAAAUACCAUUACUUGAACGUAUUGAUCAUAGCAAUGAAUAUAUAUAUCCAAAAGGUAGUUUACCAUAUUUAUUUACAUUACUAGAACAACUUGUUGAACAAAAUAUAAUUGCAUCGAAUUAUACCGUUGAAUUAACAUCAUUAGAACAUAUAUUUUUAACAUUGCAACACUCUCAAGACAUUAAAGUCUAA